ACUCGACGCAAACCGCAAACACGCACGCACCGACGCACGCACACCACUCCGAAAUCCAAGUCCAAGAAGAAGGACCGUACGUCGAGAUGGCCGGCGUCGUGGUGGUGUUCGACUUCGACAAGGCCAUCAUCGACGUCGACAGCGACAACUGGGUCGUCGACGGCCUCGGCGCCACGGAGCUCUUCGACAGCCUGCUGCCCACCAUGCCGUGGAACACCCUCAUCGACACCGUCAUGGGGGAGCUGCACGCGCAGGGCAGGACCCUCCGCGACGUCGCCGACGUGCUCCGGGCCGCGCCCAUCGACCCGCACGUCGUCGCCACCAUCCGGGCCGCCCACAGCCUCGGCUGCGACCUCAGGGUCCUCAGCGACGCCAACCGCUUCUUCAUCGAGACCGUCCUCGACCACCACGGCCUCCGGGGCUGCUUCUCCGAGAUCAACACCAACCCCAGCCGCGUCGACGCCGACGGCCGCCUCCGCAUCGCGCCGCACCACGACUUCCACGCCGGCCCGCACGGCUGCGGCCUCGGCACAUGCCCGCCCAACAUGUGCUAGGGCCAGGUGCUCGACCGCAUCCGCGCCUCCGCCGCGGUGGACGGCGCCAGGAAGCGCUUCAUCUACCUCGGCGACGGCCGCGGCGACUUCUGCCCGUCGCUGCGGCUCGCCAGGGACGACUUCAUGAUGCCGCGCAAGGGCUUCCCCGUGUGGGACCUCAUGUGCGAGAACCCUGGCCUGCUCCAGGCGGAGGUGCACCCGUGGAGCGACGGCAAGGACAUGGAGGAGACGCUGCUGCGGCUCAUCAGCCGGGUGCUCGUCGAGGAGAGCCAGCUGCUGCCGCUCGACUGCAAGCUCGAGUCGCUGCCGGUGGCCGUCCAGGACGGCAUGCCCAUGCCGCUCGUCGUCAAGAACUGAUCCAUCCAACCGUGCUGCAUUACGCUUAAUUUGGGGACCGAUACCUUGUCAUCCAAUGGCGAACUCGAUAGUAGUAGUACAGUAUUUGACUAAUUUGUGCGUGUUGUCCUUGAGCCAACUGGCAAUGCUGAAGCUCGAUGUAUCCCAUCUAUCUAUUGAUUGACGAAUACAUGAGUUGAUGUGGCGAAAGUCAAUUUCGGCCCAUCGAUAUUUCACGAA